CUUUUCAAAGGAUAUUGACUGUUGCCUGCCAACAAUGGGUGCGGGUACAUAUCGCUUGUGCCAAAGGCCUGCUCGCUCGCUCGGCUUGCUGCACCUCCGCCCCAGAUUCUGCAUCCAGCCGACCGGCUUGCCUGACAGCCCGCCCAACCGGCCUGCCCGACACGCAACAGCCAAUCUCUGACCUGAUCUCGGUUCGGCCGCUCUCUCGUCGUCCUGCGCCCGAACAACAUGCCGAGAAACCCCGUGCUCGAGAGCGCCGAGUUCAUCUCGAACCACAGCCAGGAUGUGUCAGUCCCCCGCGAGGGCAUCCAGGCCGCCUCUCGCCUCAUUCUCGAGGCGAUGAAGCAGCAGCGCUACUCAACGCACAGCUGGAAGCAGAACGAUCUGCACCCCAAGGAUGCCAGCAUCGAUGCCCUGCAGUGGGUGUUCCUGGUCGACACCCUCAACUUUUCGUUCUACCACACCCCGCCAGAGAAGCCCUUUACGGUGACAUACCGAGGCAAGGCAUACACCGGCUACUGGUCGUUGUGCGCCUGCAUCAACCGUGCCCUCGACGAAGGCAUCCCGAUCCACACCCCAGAGUUCUGCCGCGACAUCAGCCUGGAGCAGUUCCGCCAUGUGUUCCGAGGCGAUCCCGAGGGUGGAUCUGUUGCUCUUCUCGAAGAGCGGUGGAGGGCCGUCCAGGAGACCGGAAGAGUCAUUGUCGAGAAAUACCAGGGUCGUGUGGAGAACGUUGUGCGGGCUGCCAACCACUCAGCCCUCGAGUUCCUCAAGAUCGUCACCCGCGACUUUUCAUCCUUCCAAGACGAACGGGAGUUUUGCGGUCGUCGGGUGCAAAUCUACAAGCGAGCACAGAUUCUGAUUGCCGACAUAUGGGCGUGUUUUGACGGCCAGAGCUUUGGUCGAUUCGACGACAUUGACGAGAUCACCAUGUUUGCCGACUACCGCGUGCCCCAGGCGUUGCUGCACUACGGCUGUCUCCAGUACUCGCCAGCGCUGCUGGAGAUCCUCGGACGCAACGAAGAGCUUGACGCUGGCUGCCGGCUCGAGAUUGAGAUCCGGGGCAACUCCAUCUGGAGCGUCGAGCUCGUUCGCCGUGAAAUCAAGGCCAUGCUCGAGGCCGAUCCCGACAACGGCCAGGGCCUGCGCGUCAACGCCAUCCUCAUCGACUUUUACGUCUGGGACUAUUCCAAGCGCGAGGAAGACAAGAUGAAGCAUCUGCCCAUUCAUCGGACACGUAGCAUAUACUACUAGCGCUGUCGCAUCGCCAGGGGAUCGGCGGAAUCAUUGGCGCACGGGGAGGGGAAUGAGUGCCACCUGUGCUUGGGACGACCCUAGGAUGGUCCUGGGAUGGCCCCUGGAUAGGAUCGCCGAACAUGGUGCUCGCUCUGACAUCCUUGCUGUGCUCUGCCGCUGUCUCCACUGUCGUUGCUAUCGCCGCUGUCGUGUACGUCCCGAUCUGCCAACAUCGUUGAUGUGAACGCUCCAUGAGCCCCGUUGCUUCCCAUGCCCGCCUGCGCAUCACGUGUGU